CACACCGGGUCACGUCACAACAGUGAUCACAACCACAAUUUAGUGUUAAAGACCAAAACUUUCAAGAAAAAAAGCGUCUUCGUGUACUUUUUUUUUCAUUCAUUUCAUUGAUAGAAGGCGGUGCACCUAGUAAACAAACGACAACUUCAACUUCAUGUACGUCACAACAAUUUAGCAAAGUUCAGUUUCAGGGAAACAGCUUCAGAUUUUCAAUGAUCAAACCGUGAACGAUUCUCAGAAACAUUCAUGCAGAGGGAUACAUCCAAAAUGAGAAGAGCACAUGCAGGAAAUUUAUACGAGCCCCUGCCCACACAAUAUGAGGCAGGGAACAAUAUUGAGGAGGAGAAUGAGAAGAUGACAGACCAGUUAAAAGACAAAAUACAUGUGUUGAAGUCGCUUUCAAUUGAUAUUGGUGCAGAAGUAAGAUAUCAAGAUAAACUUCUCAGGGAUAUGGAUGAAGAUUUUGAGAAAACUGGAGGCUUUCUUGGCAACACAAUGAAUCGUGUUCUCCGGUUAGCAAAGGGUGGCCACAACUAUUAUAUAUUCUACAUUUUCUUAUUUUCAAUCCUUGUGUUUUUCAUUCUGUGGAUCACAUUAAAACUACGCUGAAAUAUUGUGGGUGCCAAUUUGAAAAGUUCUGUGUGACUGAUUUGGGUUACUUGCUGAGAGUUUGUGGCUCUUGAGAUGUAUAUCUAAUAUCUGAUCAUACACUUUUGCUCUUUCUUUGUAUGUGCUAAACCGGCCACACACUGAUUUUCUUGUUUGAUACAUCUGUGAUAGUGAAGAGUUGUUAAAGCCACCUUUCUAUGAUCUUUGUAAGUUCAAUUUCCAGUCUACUUGUUUUGUGUUUAUAGGUGAUAGGGUUUGAAUGUGUAAAUACAGUCUUUCUUUGUUAUGAGGUUCUUCCUCUUUCUAUCACAUCUAUGUAUAGACUUUUUCCUGAUCUGUCAGUGUACAGUAGUUGAGUAACUGAUCUGGUCUUUCUAGUUAUACUGGAUAUUUUAUAUUUCAACUGUCAGCCCAAACUGUGUUUUUUUGAAAGGACCCUACAAAUGUACCAAUUUUAUGAUUCUUUUUAUUUAUUUAUUUGCAUUAAGAAGAUUAUGACUUAUCAAAAAGUUGUAAAUUUGAGAUGAUUUGAACAUGGUCAGUUCACCGAGUUAAAUGGCACAUUAGAAAAUCAGUGCCCCUCAUGUGCUCUAUAAUAAUCAGUAUUUUACAACAGCUGCAGCACUAAAUGUGAAGUAGGAAAGGCAAAUUAUUAUUUUCUCUGUGGAAGGCAACGUUAUAAUAAAUAAAAUUUUAUUCCA